GAUCCGGAUUUCGAAAGGAGAAAGGUCAAAGGUCAAACAUCUCAGGCUGGUUCCUUCUCUUCUUGCUUAAAUUCCCUAUCUUUGGGAGCUUAAAGCCAUAACCAGAACCAGAAGAAGAAGAAGAAGAAGUGUGUGUGUGUGUGAGGAGGAGGAAAAAUGUGUGGGAUUUUUGCCUACUUGAAUUACAACGUCAAUAGAGAGAGAAGCUAUAUUCUUCAAGUGCUCUUUAAUGGCCUUCGCCGAUUGGAGUACAGAGGCUAUGAUUCAGCUGGGAUCUCCAUUGAUGAUUCCUUUUCUUCCGAUCCAAACAUUCCUCUAUCGUCUUCCUGUUCCGACUCUCAUCACCCGCUCGUCUUUCGCCAGGAAGGGAACAUCGAGUCCCUCGUCAAGUCGGUUUAUCAAGAGGUUGCUGAAACGGAACUUAAUUUGGAGGAAUCUUUUUCUGUCCAUGCUGGAAUAGCGCAUACCCGUUGGGCCACUCAUGGAGAGCCAGCUCCAAGGAAUAGUCACCCUCAGUCAUCUGGUCCUGGAAAUGAAUUUUUGGUUGUUCAUAAUGGAGUCAUUACAAAUUAUGAGGUCCUAAAGCAAACACUACUUCGACAUGGGUUCACAUUUGAAUCUGAAACAGACACAGAAGUCAUUCCAAAACUUGCCAAGUAUGUCUUUGACCAAGCAAAUAAAGAAGGUGAUCAGACUGUCACAUUUGGUCAAGUUGUGCUUGAAGUUAUGAGGCAUCUUGAAGGGGCCUAUGCGCUUAUUUUCAAAAGCCAGCAUUAUCCUAACGAGUUGAUUGCUUGCAAACGGGGCAGUCCACUGCUUCUUGGUGUUAAAGAACUAUCGGAAGAUUUAAACCAUGGAUCUGCAUUUCAUGAUGAUAAUUUCCUCUCAAAGAAUGGGCAUCCUAAAGAACUCUUCUUAUCCAGUGAUGCUAAUGCCGUCGUUGAGCACACAAAAAAGGUUCUGGUGAUUGAGGAUGGUGAAGUAGUACAUCUUAAGGAUGGAGGUGUGUCUAUCCUAAAGUUCGAUAAAGAAAAAGGAGAACAUGGGGGUGCCCUUUCAAGAGUUGCAUCUAUUCAACGUGCAUUGUCCAUACUUGAGAUGGAGGUAGAACAAAUAAACAAAGGCAAAUAUGAACAUUAUAUGCAGAAAGAGAUUCAUGAACAGCCAGCUUCUCUAACUACCACAAUGAGGGGCCGGCUCAUCCGUCGAGGCUCAUGCAAAUCCAAGACUGUUCUCCUUGGAGGACUGAAGGAUCAUCUGAAAACGAUCAGGCGAAGCAGAAGGAUUGUAUUUAUUGGGUGUGGGACAAGCUAUAAUGCUGCUAUAGCUGCAAGACCCAUCCUAGAAGAACUUUCUGGUAUCCCUGUUACUAUGGAAAUCGCUAGUGAUCUAUUGGAUCGACAGGGACCGAUAUACAGAGAAGAUACAGCUGUCUUUGUUAGUCAAUCUGGUGAAACAGCAGAUACACUGCAAGCAUUAGAAUAUGCUUUGGAAAAUGGUGCAUUAUGUGUUGGUAUUACAAAUACUGUUGGUAGUAUAAUAGCCAGGAACACACACUGUGGUGUGCAUAUAAAUGCGGGUUGCGAGAUUGGUGUUGCCAGUACCAAGGCAUACACAAGUCAAAUAGUUGUGAUGGCCAUGGUAGCACUAGCAAUAGGUGGUGACACAAUGUCAAAUCAAGCAAGAAGAGAGGCUAUAAUAGAAGGUCUAUUCGACUUGCCAAACAAAGUCAGAGAGGUCCUGAAGCUCGAUGAGGAAAUGAGAGAUCUCGCAAAACAACUAAUUGCCGAACAGUCACUUCUCGUUUUUGGGAGAGGAUACAAUUAUGCAACAGCCCUGGAAGGUGCUCUGAAAGUAAAGGAAGUGGCACUUAUGCAUAGUGAAGGAAUACUUGCUGGUGAAAUGAAACACGGUCCAUUGGCUUUAGUUGAUGAAAAUCUUCCCAUUGUUGUCAUAGCUAAUCGAGAUGCUUGUUUCAGCAAGCAACAGUCUGUCAUCCAGCAGCUUCGUGCUCGCAAAGGCCGCUUGAUAGUGAUGUGUUCAAGAGGAGAUGCUGAAUCUGUGUGCCCUGGUGGGUCUUGCCGAGUGAUUGAAGUUCCACAAGUUGAGGAUUGUCUUCAACCAGUAGUUAAUAUAGUACCACUACAGUUGUUGGCCUAUCAUCUCACUGUUUUAAGAGGUUUCAACGUCGAUCAGCCCCGGAAUCUUGCAAAGAGUGUGACAACACAGUAGAGAAGUUAAAUUGUUACACAGCUCAUCUUGAGAUAUGGCGUGUUUUAACAGUAUUGUACAUCGUUAUUAAUCGUUGUUGAUUCUUGACCCCUUUGAUUUGAGCCAUUGUAAAUGAUUAGGCACAUCACUACUAACUAGUCCUUUGCUUUCCUCUAUUCAGAGUGAAGUUGUGAUAUUGAGUAUGCCUUUUUUGUUUUGUUAA